AUGAGUAACGAGAAUAAUGGCAAUGAUGUACCAGAGGAUGGAGGAGAAGUUCCCUCAGCUCGUAUGGACUGUGAGGCACCUGGUGCAAGUGACUUAAGUACUAAAGUAACUCGUGUGGAACUUACAAAUGAACAGUUGAAGGAAAUCUCCCUUGAAGAACUAAGAACUUGUUGGAAACGACAGGACAAUUACAUUAAUAUGUUAGAAUCUCGCAACAGCAUCUACGAAGAAGAACGUACAAAUUCUAAGGAUGCUGAAGAAAAAUUAAAAAAUCAAAUUGCCGAGCUGUCUUUCCGGGAGAGAGUGCUGAUGAGAAGACUCGCUGCAAAGGAGCAAGAUAUGCAAGAGUUUGCUGGUCAACUUUCUGAAUUAAAAGUUAGCCAAGUGCCAGGAAAUGGUACAUUAAGGAAUACUCUCUUAGAUCCUGCCGUAAAUUUACUGCUUCAGAGGUUGAGGCAAGAGCUAUCGGAAACAAGAACUCGUCUUGAUGAUACUCAAAAUGAACUCUCAGCCUGGAAAUUUACUCCCGACAGUAAUACUGGAAAACGCCUAAUGGCUAAAUGCCGGUUGCUGUAUCAAGAAAAUGAAGAACUUGGAGCAAUGGUAUCAAAAGGUCGUUUAGCCAAACUGGAAGGUGAUCUUGCUUUGCAAAAGAGUUUUAGUGAAGAGGUUAAGAAAUCUCAGUCAGAAUUGGAUGAACUUUUACAAGAUCUUGAUGAAGAUGUAGAAGGAAUGCAGAGUACAAUCUACUACCUCCAACAAGAGCUGAAAAAAUCUAAAGAAACUUUAAGCUCAUUGGAGCAUGAAAAUACACUCUUAAGAAGGACAGAAGUGAUCAAAUCACCCGUUGGCCAAGUUAACGGCCUUCCUCUAUCCCACAACAAAUGGAAUCGGUCCUCUGAUUCGAUUGACUCGACCUCAGACCACGUUAUGGACGAUUUACAAAGGACUAAAGACUUAGAUCCUGAUAGUGUUGUGAACAACAAUGUCGAAGGGCAGAGAAAAAGGACGUCAAGUGAGAAUAGUGAUGAAAAUUCCGUUAUCAAAAAAGCGAAACAAGAGAGCGUGCAUUACAGUGAUGAUGAGAUAGUCACCAAUGGUGAUAACGGAGGACAAUAA